AUUUAAUCGUAAUGGUGGAUGAUACUGUUCUACCAGUUUAGUAAUUUACCAUUGAUUAUAUUAUAACUACUGGUUUGUCACGCAAUUUUGCAAUUCGCGGUUUUGCAUCGAAUUGUAAUAAAUGAUAAUUUAAUAUUGAUAUCAAGCGAGCUGUUCAGUACUUUCAUUUAAUUGUUUUGCUCUAUCGGUACAUUGUUGUUACUAUGAAUCCAUCUGUUUGAAGGACAGUAAUUAAAUUUUCUCAAAAUGGGAAUGAGUAAGAGGACAGCACUGCUUUCAGCAGUCAUAGUGACAUUUGGUCUUGGUACAAUGUAUUUGGGAUUAAAUAUGAAAACUCCACGCCCUUCAAAAGAUCCUCAUAGUUGGGACAUUCUUAUAUUCACACAAACAUGGCCAAACACAUUAUGUUAUUCAUGGAAAAGUCAAAAUCCUGCACACACAUGUAACUUACCAUCUGACAAGAGUAUUUGGACAGUUCAUGGCAUUUGGCCUACAAAAUAUGGUACAGAAGGUCCGCAAUUUUGUAACAAAUCUUUGGUGUUUAAUCCUGCUGCUAUUUAUGGUAUAAAGGAUAAAUUAAAUCAAUAUUGGCCUGAUAUAGAAAUUCCACCUAGUAAUGCUACGGAAGGAAAUUCUUCAAGCAUAAUGACAUCGCAUAAAAAACAAAGUAUUUGGUUUCAUGAAUGGGAAAAACAUGGUACAUGUGCUGUAGUACUGCCAGCCUUGGAUUCAGAAUUUAAAUACUUCUUUCAAGGCAUUGAAUGGUCUGAAAAGUACAAUAUGAAGGAUGUUUUAGACAAAAGUAAUAUAAAAAUAAAUAGUACAUUAAAUGUAGCUGAUUAUUGGAAAGCUGUGAAGUCGGUUUUGAAAACAAAUGCAUGGGUUGAGUGUGUUACUAAACAUGAUACAAAAGAACAAAUGUUGGCUGAAAUAAGGAUAUGUUUUGAUAAAAGUUUAAAUCAAAUUGAUUGUGAUGGCAUUAUGAAACCUCGGCGGGGGUCAAUAAAGAAGCCUCAUAUAUUAACCAAUUGUGAUACGAAAAAACCUAUAUUGUAUUUGGACUAUGUUCCAGAACAGAAUAUUUCUACUAAUGCUAAUACUACAGAUUCCAAUUCUACUUCUACAGACAUUAAUCUUACAAACUUAAAUUCUACUACUGAUGAGCAUUCAAAGCUGUUGUACAGGUUAAAACGAAAAGUAUUUGAUCACUCAAAUGAGUGGAUAACUAAAAGGCCUCGUCACUUUGACAGAUCAAAAUCACAUCAGUCUCGCACAAAUACUUCAUAUAAUCAUAAUCUAAAUCGAUCAAAUUCGUUCCCUUAUAUACAACGCAAAGAAUGGGAUAUAUUGGUAUUUUCUCAAACAUGGCCGUAUACUUUUUGUCAUACCUGGACUGUUAAUUCAGAGACUCAUGUAUGCAACUUACCAGCCAAUCGCAAUCAGUGGACAAUACAUGGAAUUUGGCCAUCAAAGAUUGGUAGCAUUGGUCCAGCUUUUUGUAACAAUCAAACAGCGUUUAGUUUAAAUUCUUUAGAUCCCAUUAUUCCAGAAUUACAUAAUCGUUGGACAGAAAUAAAAGGGUCUAAGACAUGGUCAAAGAAACGAGAAGGCGAUCUGUGGAAACAUGAAUGGAUAAAACAUGGAACUUGUGCUAAAUCACUGUCAGCUUUAGAUUCAGAAUAUAAAUAUUUUAAACAAGGGUUAGAUUGGUCCAAGCAAUAUGUACUAAGCGAUAUAUUGGAACAAGGAGGCAUUAAGCCUAAUGGCAGUUAUCCAGUUAAUCAAAUUUGGCAUACCUUAAGAACUGGAUUGGGUAAAAACCCACGUAUCGAUUGUUUUUAUGAAAAAGGUACCAGCACACCUUAUAUUGAUGAAGUGCGUAUAUGUUUUGACAAAACAUUGUCAUUGGUUGAUUGUGAUCCUUUUAGAAGAAACAGCAAUAAACCAUCUACAAAUUGCCCUUAUGAUAAAAAUAUACAAUACUUAGGAGCUGUAUUUUAAUCUUUAAAUUAUCCUAUAGUUAUAUUGUAAAAUUAUUAUUGAGUGUGUGGUAUGCUAAGAUCAGUAAGAUCUAAAUAGAAAAUAUGAAUAUAGUCUUAUCAUGUCACUUUUAAUUAUAAUGUUUCAAUUAAAAUUUCAAUUACAUUUUUAAAUACAUACAAAAUAUUAUCAAAUAAUAUAUUCUUGAGUAGUUUAAAAUUUAAGUAAUUAAUCAUUUAGUAAUAGGCAAAUUUUAAAUCUUUAAAGCAUUUGAUGAAGUGUUUUAUACAUUUUAACCUUUAAAUUUGUAAUUUCUAUAUAUUUGUAUAUUUUGUAUUUUAUUUACAACGCUAUUUCAUAUUAUUAAAAUCUGUAUCAUUUAUACUCUUAUUUUUAAAUGGUUAAAUUGAUUUAGUAGGUUUCUUUUUAACUUAUAGUCAUAUAUAUAUAUAUAUACUACUUAUUAAUGAUUAUAACAAUUAAGUACAUAUUGUUAAAAAGACAUUAAACUAAAUAAUUUAGUUUUGAAAACAAAUACUAAAAAAACAUUAUGAUUUAGAUUUAUUAUAAUAUGUAUAUUAGUUAGAUUAUAUAUUUUUUUAAUCCAAUACAUUUAUUAUUAUUAAAACAUUAGGUUAUUAUAUAUUUAAUAUAAUUGUUUUGUUUUUUUUAUGAUAAAAGAAAGACUUCAACAACUAGAUCAUUAGCCAACAAUAACUUUUAUAUUAGUAUGGUAAUACUACUAAAUACUAACAAAAUUAUAUUAAAAUCAUUGAUGUUAAUUAUCUAUCAUUAAAUAUUUAUAUAAUCUCAACAUUUUAUGUACUUAUAUAUUUUUCUACCUGUUGAAGUUUUGUUAAAACAAAUUUAGUGUUCCCUAGCUUAGUUAGUUCUGAUAUAGAAAAAAACUCAAAAUAAAUGUGUUAGUUUUUCAA